AGAUUACAAGAUUCGAGUUGAUCGCUUGCCGUUCUAAAAACUCAUAAAUACAGUGAACAGCUCCACGCUUUUUAUCUGUAGCAGGUGCUUCAAAGAAAUGAUCUGAUAAGUUAAAACCAACAUCAAUAGUCGGAAUUUUAAAGAUAAUUAUUUGCCAAAUGUUCUCUCUGGUGGAAAUUGCCAAGAACAGUAUUUUAAAACCCCUAGGGACACUUUAUUAGGAUCUCCAGUAUUUGGAAUUAGUAGUUUAUAUUAAACAGCGACAUGACUACCAAACAACUGUUGAUAACCGACAGAGCGGCGGUUAGAGAAAGCUUUGGAAAAUCGGAGAAAGAAGUGAAGAAGGACAUCGCGAUUAUUUUGGAGUGGUUCAAAACCCAGCCGCAUCUGCCAGAAGUUCCAGACGAUGCCAUGAUAGAAAACUUCCUUGUGACGAACAAAUUCAGCAUAGAGCGUACCAAGCAGAAACUGGAUAUGUACUACACCAUCAGGACACUGAUGCCUGAGAUCUACGAAAAUUCCAACCCCAAGUCACCCCGCAUGCAGAAUAUCGACAGCAUGGGCAUCUUCGUGCCGCUUCCAAAGCUUACCAAAGAGCUCUACAGGGUGUACGUAAUGAAAAUUUGCGGACCACCUGAAAACUAUGACAUGUACACUUUCUUCGCUCACGCUUUGAACGUGAUAGAAAUCAGGAUACACCAUGACACGGCUGUAGGCGACGUCUACAUCAUAGACCACGAACAGCUGAAGAUGGGGCACCUGGUCAAGAUGACGCCGACGCACAUCAAGAAGGCCAUCACUAUCGCCGAGAAAGUCUUCUCAAAUAGAAUAAAGAACAUCCAUCUGAUCAACCAGCCAUCUUACAUUGAGACUUUAAUGAAUAUAAGCAAAACUCUAAUGAAACCGAAAAUUUUGGCGAGGCUUCAUCUGCAUAGCAGCAUCGAAGGACUCCAUGAGUACCUUUCUAAGGAGAUCCUGCCUAAGGACUAUAAUGGAGAAGAGCUUUCUCUGCAAGAACUGAAUGAUCUCUGGAAGGUGAGUUUGAAGGAGCACGCUGAUAGGUUCGACAAAUUAGAUAAAUUGAAGAUAAAGGAAGACCUUCGUCCAACGCCAUUACAAAACGACGAAGUCCUGGGGUACCACGGGAAUUUCAAGAAGCUCGACGUGGACUAAAUCUUGUACCUAAGUCUUGCCACCAAAAAAAUAAAAAUUGAAGAGUAUACCACUA